AGAAGAUAUUCCUUGGCUGAGUGGACAAUUGAUUUUGGGAUUGAUUGGAAACUUUGUGACUGAAGUUAAUGGAAAGACAGAUGACAGUGUCAUCAGGUUUAACAUUAAAGACAGUGUGAUCAGUUUUCAGAAGCAUGAUCUUGCAGUAAUGUGUGCUUUAAAGUUUGGAGCUGUGAAACCAAAUAUUUCUGAAGAGCUUGAGGGAGAUAUAUGGACAAAUUAUUUAGGAGGCAAGACAACUGUGACUCGUGCAGAUAUUCAGAAUGCAUUGAAGAAUUACAAGAGCACUGAUGAUAGCAGACUGACAAAUGAUGGAGUGAAACUGGCACUACUAUACAUAGUUUCACACUGCUUAUUUGAGAAUCAAGCUGCUAGACCCAUGAAGGCAUACUACAUAAAUUUAGUUGAUGACUUGGAUGCAUUCAAUGCUUAUCCAUGGGGUGAUGACGUUUGGGUGGACUUGGUUAACAAGGUGAAACAGAGCUGUGAGGCACUAGAUAAAGGAAAAGCAGACAGAGUAACAUUCCCUGGCUUCAUAAUGACAUUCCAGUGGUGGGCAUUUGAAACUUUUCCUGGUUUAGCAAAGGCUGGCUUAUGCAAAGUCAUCAAGGGGACAAGACAUAUCAUACCAAGGACUCUAAAGUGGGAGUUUAAAAAAAACCUACACUGGAGGUCCUUUCUGAAAUUAUAUUCAAGAAUGACAAGGUAUGUUAUUGAUUAAUAUGUAAAUUUUUAAAUGUUUAUGUGCACACAUUGUUUACUAACAUGGUUUUUUGUUUUAGUUUGAAUGGGCACAGAUAGUACCAACUGCAGAUGAGAUUGCUAUGAUAGAAGAGGGAAAUGACAUAAAUGAGGAGGUGAUGCACCUUGUGAUAAACAAUGUUGGCAGGAUUGAUGCUCAAAAGCCAAAUACUAUUGUAGCAAAAGGGAAACAAAAGGUGAUGCAGGCCAAAGUAUUCAAAAGGAAAAAAACAAAAGCUGGGAGGAGCACAGGUAAAGCAAUCAAAUCUCAAGAAGGGCUUUCUAGAAGAAGAAGAAACAAUACUACAGUAGAGAAGGAGAGUGAUGAUGAUUCAAGUGAUCAAGAAAGUGAUGAAGGUGAAGAGACCGAUAGUGAUGAUUCUAGUGAGAGUGGAAGGGAAGCAGAUAAGUAUGUAUUCUUCAUGAGCAAAGACAGCAAAAGUAUUAAAAAGAGCAUCAGAAAACAAGCAAAGGAGACUGCCAGAUUAGUGGCAGAAAUGAAAAAUAUGAAGAAGAAUAAAAAAAAGCAAGAGGAUCUUUUGAAAGAUGUCAUUCUGAUGCUCAACAAAAUGUCACACGGUGUUGAGAAGAGUGAGCCUACAAAAGCAACUGCAGAGGGUGAUACAGAUGAAGAAGAAAGUGGAGAAGAAAAAGAAGAAAAUGAAAAAGAAAAAGAAGAUGAUGUGAUAGCCAUGACUGGGCCAGAUUCUGAGAAUGAUGUUGCUGAUAUGGUUGUGGAAGAGGACACUAGGUUGAUGAAUGCAGAGGCUGAGGAUGGUGUUGUACAGAAUGAUGAUGUUGUAGAGAAUGAGCAUGCUAGUAAAGAGAAACAGGCAGCAAAUGUUCAGAGUGAGGAUUCAUGUGUGAAUAAGGAUGCUGAUGCAGAGGUUGAGGAUGAUAAAGAAGAGAAUGAGGAUGCAGAAAGAAAUGAAAACGAAAUGCAAGAGAAGAACACUGAGGAGAUAGAAAAGAACACUGAAGAAGCAAUUUGUGACAUGCCUACAUUCAAAAUACUCACUCAGUCUCAAGGUAGUCAGAAAAAAAUUGAAGACAGUGUCCAAAUGCAAGAGGAGGGACUACCUGCACAGGAAAAUAAAAAAGACACUGGUGAGUCUGCUUGGGGGAUGUGCUCACAGGAAAAUAGUCAGUUUGUCCAAGAGAUGUGCAGGAGUGCAGAUGAAGUGGCAAAAAAGGCUUUUGAAAGCUAUUCUUCUAAUCCAUGCAGAGCACUCAUAAUAACUGAUCAGGAGGAUCUUCCCAAACAAAAGCGUGUUGUUAGGUCACCAGUGAAGUACAUGGGAACUGAGCAUGCAUCAAAGAGGAGGAAGAGAGAAAAGGGAAAGAAAAGAGAAGAUGAUGAAUUUCUGCCACCUCUGAAGCAAAUAAUUGGACCUUUCUCUGAAGAUCCAACAGAGAACCCACCGGUUGAAGAAAUACAGAAGGUGAAAGAAUACUUAGAAGUUGGAUUGCUGAAGAACUUCACAAAAAACAAAACUGGCAGAAGGUACAA